AUGGCAGAUGGCGAGCAGAAAAGUCUGCAAGGCUACCUGCAAAUCCAAGAUGUCAUCUAUCUGGCUGUAGUUGGCCCUUUGAUGCUCGCCGCUGUCUUUGAAUGGGUUCUUUGGCUAGCUGCCUUUCUUUACUGUUUGGUCAAAGUCUAUGUCAAAGCGGACCAUUGGAGUAUCAAAGUGCUUGCUGCUCUGAUGAUUGUGCUUUUCACAUUGUUUCGAUUGGCAUUUCUCCCCGUGAUGGCUGUGACGCUGCCUCUUCCCUCUUCCAUCUCUCGACACAUCCCGAGCCACAUGGCAACAAUCUUUCAAUGGUUUGCGUUUUGGACAUUCUCUAUCCUGCUCACCGGGCCUUGGCUCUUCUGUGUGUAUGGCCUGGUUACGAAUCACAUGGGAAGAAAGAAACGAAUCAAACAGGUCUUGGACGAUCAAACUGCCCCCAAGACGGUCGUUGUCAUGCCAGUCUACAAGGAAGAUCCCGAGACACUUAUCAAGGCCGUCAAUUCUGUAGUGGAGAGUGACUAUCCCGCGUCGUGUAUUCAUGUCUUUCUCUCCUGGGAUGGUGAUGCAAUCGAUGAAUCGUACCUUCGCGUGAUACACCACCUCGGAAUUCCAGUCUCACUCAAGUGCUACCCUCAGAGCAUUGAUGUCGUGUACAAGGCCGUACGCAUCACUGUGUCACGCUUCAAACAUGGAGGAAAGCGACAUUGUCAAAAGCAGACCUUCAGACUAAUCGACAGAGUCUAUGUGGAGUAUCUGAAAUUGCACGAUGACCUUUUUGUCCUGUUCAUCGAUUCGGAUUGCAUUCUCGACCAAUACUGCCUGCAGAACUUUAUGUACGACAUGGAACUCAAACCGGGCAGCCCUCGCAACAUGCUGGCAAUGACGGGCAUCAUCACCUCCACCACAACCAAAAACUCUCUCAUCACGGUGCUCCAAGAUAUGGAGUAUAUACAUGGGCAACUGUUCGAACGAUCAGUCGAGUCCGGAUGCGGUGCGGUGACCUGCCUGCCGGGUGCCCUCACCAUUCUUCGCUUUUCGGCCUUCCGGAAGAUGGCCAAAUAUUACUUUGCAGACAAGGCCGAACAGUGUGAUGAUCUUUUCGACUACGGCAAAUGCCACCUCGGUGAGGAUCGCUGGCUCACCCAUCUGUUCAUGAUUGGUGCCAAGAAACCCUAUCAGAUACAGAUGUGCACCGGGGCCUUUUGCAAGACUGAGGCGGUCCAGACUUUCAAGAGCCUGUUGAAACAACGCCGCCGAUGGUUUCUGGGAUUCAUCACGAAUGAAGCGUGCAUGCUUACCGAUAUUCGACUCUGGGUACGAUAUCCCUUGCUGUGUAUAGUGCGAUUCAUGCAAAAUACGAUUCGUACUACUGCCCUCUUAUUCUUUAUCAUUGCCAUCGCUCUCAUCACAACAUCCAAGAAAGUGGAUGAUCUCCCUGUUGGAUUCAUCGGGGUCUCGGUGGGACUGAAUUACCUGCUCAUGUUCUACUUUGGUCUUCAGCUCAAACGCUUCAAGACCUGGUUGUAUCCAAUCAUGUUUGUCAUUAAUCCGUUCUUCAACUGGUUGUAUAUGGUGUAUGGCAUCUUCACGGCCGGGCAGCGGACCUGGGUGAAGGCUCGAGCCCAAGGUGACGAGCUGAAUGUGGACGUCGAUACUUUCCGGGCAGGACUCGUGCGCCAGCGACCAGUUCCAGUGCGACCAUCAGUGAAGGUGGAGGGACGUUUUGCCCCUGCCGAGCAGAUACAUGAUGGCUCGUAUCUGCAUCCUCGAGACCACAUUCCCGCUAUAGUUCAGAUGGAUGGUUCUCUACCUCAGAUUCCUCGAAUUCAUCCCCCGGGUCACUUCCAUUACUCAUCAGAGUCUCUGGUCAGUGGGUCCUCUGACUAUGGCUCCCAUACCGUCUCUCUCCCCCAGCAUGUCGAUAGUCUGAUGAGCGAAGAGGAUCGGCGAAAGUGGUACUACGCUCACCAGGCUACAGGGUCACUGGGCUUGUCGAUCCUAGAAGACCGAUCUGACAGUUGUCUCGUAGACCUGGCUGCACAGCGGCCGGUCCGAAUUGUGAGAGCAGCCACGGAGGCUAGGCCAGGCUUGGUCCAAUUGGGCUCGUCUGAGCCUGCUACUGUCAGUCGGGUCGUCAAGAAGGGCGUAGCGCGUGUUCCUGCAUGA